UAUAUUGGACUAUCCAAUUUAUAUAUAGAAGCUGCUUGUGAUUAUUUCCAUAUCAUCUCUUAGGUGUCUUAGCUUUCACAAGAUGGUUUCCAAACUUUUACUCUGCUUCUUGUUUGCUAUUGCCAUUGCAUCAGUAGAUUGCAACUCAGAAGGGGAUGCUCUUUAUGCCUGGAAAAGCAAAUUGGUAGACCCUAACAAUGUACUUCAGAGCUGGGAUCCAACGUUGCUCAAUCCAUGCACCUGGUUUCACAUUACCUGCAACAACAACAACAGCGUCACGGGAGUGGGCCUUAGAAAUGCUAGACUCUCGGGAUUUCUUGUCCCUCAUCUUGGAGCAUUGCCUAAUCUUCGAUAUUUGCAAGUAUUUAGAAACAACAUAAGUGGAUCAAUACCAAUGGAGUUAGGUAACCUAACAAGCCUGAUAACUUUGGAUUUGUAUCAAAAUCAAUUUUCUGGGGUCAUUCCAGCAUCACUUGGAUACUUGCCUUCCUUGAGGAGAUUGAACAGUAACAAGCUUACUGGCAAGAUACCAAAAGAGGUCCUCGAACUCAUUACUUGGGGGAAUUUGAGGAUUCUGUGGGUUUAUCGUUCUCUAAUUACUGUUUUUCACCUUCUCGUUACCUUGAUUCUGAAAGCUCCCAAAGAGUCGUACUCUUUUUUGGUUUAA